CCCUAAACUUCUUCUUCUUCUUCUUCCUCUUCAUCUGAUUUUUGGUCUCCGAUUGCAAAAAAAGGUAAAAAAAAAAACACGUCUUUUCCAAAUUUUCAGGCGAGCCAAGGCGCACCAGGCGAUCGCCUUUGACUACACUGUAAGCGAGUUAAUACGUGCUUAUUCGAUGGCGUUGGUUGUUAUCUGUGGCCAACCCUGCAGUGGGAAGUCGACGGCUGCACUUUGCUUAGCUGAAGCACUCAAAGAAUCAGAUUCAAAAUUAACCACUCGAAUCAUCGACGAAACUUCGUUUCAUCUUAAUCGUAACCAGAGCUACGCUAAUAUGCCUGCCGAGAAAAAUUUAAGAGGAGUACUGAGGUCUGAAGUUGAUAGAUCCGUGUCGAGAGACAGCAUAGUCAUAGUUGAUUCCUUGAAUAGCAUCAAGGGCUAUCGGUACGAGCUUUGGUGUUUGGCUCGUGCUGCCGGAAUCAGAUACUGUGUGCUAUUCUGUGAUGUGGAAGAAAGUCCGUGUCGGAAUUGGAAUCAACAGCGGAGGGACAAGGAAGAAGCGUCGUAUGAGGAUGCUAUUUUUGAAGACUUGGUAAGACGGUUUGAGAGACCUGACAGAAGAAACCGUUGGGAUUCCCCGUUGUUCGAGUUAUAUCCGUAUCGAGAUGGAAUUCAGAAGUGUUCUUCUGUUAUUGUAGAUGCUGUUUCUCACUUGACAAAAACUCUGAAUUCUAAAACUCGAGAUGUUAAAAUUUUACAGCCAACCAUUGCUACGCAAACAGCGCGAUUUUCGGAAGCGAAUUCUCUGUACGAGUUGGACAAGGCAACACAGGAGGUGAUGAGUAGUAUUGUGGAAGCACAAUCUCAGGCACUGGGAGGUCCGUUAAAUGGUAUUACUCUGGGUCAAGAUUUACCAACUCUCAACUCUUCAAGACCGGUUGGGUUGCCGGAGUUACGAAGACUGAGGCGAACUUUCAUUAAGUUGACAAGCCAAACUAGCCUAAGUGGGCGACCCCCGCCUUCAGAUUCAGAGAGUGCGAAAAGAAUGUUUGUGGACUACUUGAACAGGGAACUUGGAACUGCCUGAAGGAAGAUCAUAGGUGGGAUGGUGUACUACCAUCUGUAUGCUACCGCCGUCGAGGAUUAUAUGUAUAACACUCGUAAUUUGUGCAUUUCUCGCUGUGCAUUGGCUCGAUCUUAUACACGGUCUUCAUCAAAGCUGAGUUCUUGUUAAUGGGAGCACCUUUGCAGGUUUGGCUUUACCAUUUUGUUUCCCUGAUUCACUUGAAAAAAUUGGCUGAGAGAUUCUGAAAAUUUCACUAUUAUGGUACUUAUAUUAAUAUUUUGGUGUCCAAAUUCUUAUGAAUCCAUUAUUGGAGUGUUUAUAUUUUUA